AUGCAAUCCCCCAAUCGAAACCGGGAGGACUCUACUCGCAGCUCCAUUCGGAACAAACACGAAACGCCGCCAGAAAAGUUCAAGUCGGCCGGCGAAAGAAAUUUACAAGUGUUAAAUGUCGAACGCUUUUUGGCAGUGAGGGGAAAUGCGUGCUGGCCGGCUUUCGACACGAAGGCAACGCGGAAACGGUGGACAAAUGAACCCCAGGUUAAAGCACUUGGAAAAACAUAA